GCCGCAGCGGAGCCCGGGCCCUGCCGGACGGUGACGGGGGAGGUGGGGGGUAGAAAGAUGGAACUGUCUUCUGGAAAACUUGCUAGGUUUGCUGAUGGAUCUGCUGUUGUCCAGCUAGGUGACACAGCAGUAAUGGUCACAGCAGUCAGUAAAACUAAGCCUUCUGCAUCUCAGUUUAUGCCAUUAGUGGUCGACUAUCGUCAGAAAGCUGCUGCAGCAGGAAGAAUUCCUACAAACUAUCUAAGAAGAGAACUUGGUUCCACUGAUAAAGAAAUUCUUACAAGUAGAGUAAUAGAUAGGUUAGGCUACUUUUAUGAUACACAGAUCCUUUGUAAUCUUUUAGCAGUAGAUGGUGUGAAUGAUCCUGAUGUUCUGGCAAUUAAUGGAGCUUCUGCAGCACUUGCAUUAUCUGAUAUCCCAUGGAAUGGUCCUAUUGGUGCAGUGAGGGUAGGACUUGUUGAUGGAGAAACUAUUAUCAAUCCAACUCGAAAACAGAUGUCUUCUAGUGCUUUAAAUUUAGUUGUUGCUGGAGCUCCUCAAAAUCAAGUUGUUAUGUUGGAAGCAACUGCCGAGAAUAUAUUGCAACAAGACUUCUGUCACGCCAUCAAAGUCGGGGUGAAGCAUACCCAGCAAAUAAUUCAGGGAAUUCAACAACUAGUGAAAGAACGAGGUGUUGUCAAGAGAACUGUUCAGAAGUUAUUUGUUGCUCCUGAGGAGAUUGUGGAAUGUGUAAAGAAACUUGCUUUUAACAAGAUCUAUGCGGUGUUCACAGAUUCUAGCCAUGAUAAAAUUUCUAGAGAUGAAGCAAUUAACAAAAUAAGGCUUGAAACAGAAGAACAGCUGAAAGAAAAAUUUCCAGAGGCUGAGCCUUAUGAAAUCAUGGAAUCUUUCAAUGUGGUUUCAAAGGAUAUUUUUAGAAAUCUUGUUCUGAAUGAAUAUAGAAGGUGUGACGGGAGAGAUUUGACUGCCCUCAGAGAUAUUAAAUGUGAAGUGAACAUGUUUAAAAUGCUUCAUGGAUCAGCCUUAUUUCAGAGAGGUCAAACACAGGUUCUCUGUACAGUUACAUUUGACUCUAUAGAAUCAAGCGUAAAAUCAGAUCUUAUCUCAACAGCAGUGAGUGGAAUAAAAGAUAAAAACUUCAUGCUGCAUUAUGAGUUUCCUCCUUAUGCAACUAAUGAGAUUGGCAAAGUUACUGGUAUGAACAGAAGAGAACUUGGACAUGGUGCACUUGCAGAAAGAGCUUUGAAACCAAUUAUUCCCCAGGAUUUCCCAUUCACAAUACGAAUUACUUCUGAAGUCUUAGAGUCAAAUGGGUCCUCUUCAAUGGCUUCUGCAUGUGGUGGAAGUUUGGCGUUAAUGGAUGCAGGAGUUCCAGUAUCAAGUGCAGUGGCAGGUGUAGCAAUAGGUCUCAUUACCAAAUGCAGUCAGGAAAAAGGAGAUAUUGAGGACUAUCGUCUGCUGACAGACAUCCUGGGAAUUGAAGAUUACUACGGUGAUAUGGAUUUCAAGAUGGCAGGUACUAAUAAAGGAAUAACUGCCUUGCAGGUUGAUCUAAAACUGCCAGGAAUACCAAUAAAAAUUGUAAUGGAAGCUAUUCAGCAAGCUACAGCUGCAAAGAGGGAGAUUUUACAAAUUAUGAACCAAACGCUGGCGAAACCCAGACCUAACAGAAAAGAAAGUGGACCAGUUGUAGAAACUAUCCACGUUCCAUUAUCAAAAAGGUUAAGAUUCGUUGGUCCUGGGGCCUAUAAUUUGAAAAAACUUCAAGCACAGACCGGUGUAACUGUAAGUCAGCUGGAUGAAGAGACGUAUUCUGUGUUUGCCCCCACACCUAGUGCUAUGCAUGAAGCAAGAGAAUUUAUCCGUGAAAUCUGCAAAGAUGAUCAGGAAGUUAAUUUAGAAUUUGGUGCAGUUUAUACAGCCACGAUAACUGAAAUAAGAGAUUCUGGAGUGAUGAUAAAAUUGUAUCCAAACAUGACACCAGUGUUACUUCAUAAUUCACAACUUGAUCAAAGAAAGAUUAAACAUCCUAGUGCCCUGGGAUUAGAAGUUGGACAAGAAAUUCAGGUUAAAUACUUUGGACGUGAUCCAACUGAUGGUAGAAUGAGGCUUUCACGUAAAAUUCUACAGUCACCAGCCACAACUGUGCUUAAAACCCUAACCGACAAAAACAGUAUUGUCCUGGGAGGUACCAUUUCACAGUCAUCUACUUCAUCCCAGUGACAGGAGAAAAGGCGUGAUAGCUUGUGGAAAUACAAGCGACCUUUGCUAGAGUCUGUAGAUGUCUUCGCAAGAAUCUGCAGGUGGAUGGUAGAGAAUCAUAUUUUUAAAAUAGACACUAUUUAUGUUUAAAGGUGAUGUAGAACUUCAAAGUCUUCAAAUUG